UUCCGGUGUAAAAUUUUUUCAUUUAUUCCACAGUUUUUUAGUCGGAUGUGAAUAAUCCAAGCGUGGAUUUUAAAAAUUCCCACAAACAUUUCAGAAAUGUAUUAUUUGACUGCAUAUCCAAAUCAUAUUAAUUUGUUUAUUUAGGUUUGAGAUGCUUUUACCCAAUCUGUCUCUCUCUCAUUCAAUGCUUUACCGAACUCACCACCACCCUUUUCUCUACACAUUCAACCCUUUUUCCCCUUCCCCUUUAUCCUCUAUUCUCCUCUCCCCUCCUUCACCUCGUCUCCAGGAAAUGGAGUGCGGUUUCAUAGACGGGUUUGGGGCUGAGAUGUUGAAAACCGCGGGCUUGGCCGACGAUGACUUAUUUGUAGACGAACUGCUUGACUUCUCUAACGACUUGGAAGAACACGCCCACGGGGAACAACACCACCAACUGGACCAACCGGAGGACAAGGAGAAAACAACUGCCUCCUCUCUUUUGCUUACGCCGCCGCCGCCGGACAACGACGAUUUUGGCUCUCUCCCGGAGACUCAAUUAACCGUUCCCGCGGAGGGGUUGGAAAGCUUGGAAUGGUUAUCCCAUUUCGUGGAGGACUCAUUUUCCGACUACUCGCUAACCGGAAAACUGCCGCCGAAGCUGGCGGCCGAGAAAGAGGGUGCGGCGACGGCGAGCGAGCAGCCCUGUUUCACGACUCCAGUUCAAACCAAGGCCCGAACCAAGAGGGCCCGAACAGGGGUUCGAAUUUGGCCCAUUUUGUCGCCUUCUUUCACAGAGUCGUCCACCUCGUCGUCGUCCUCAUCCUCCUCGACGACGUCGUUCUCGCCCCCCAACCCCUGGCUGCUCCAGAGCCAGACCGGCGAGUCCUUUCUGGGCAAGCUGGCGGCCAAGAAGCAGAAAAAGAAACCCGCCGACGGCCAGCCCAGGCGCUGCAGCCAUUGCGGCGUCACCAAGACCCCGCAGUGGCGGGCCGGCCCGCUCGGCUCUAAGACGCUCUGCAAUGCUUGCGGGGUGAGGUACAAGUCGGGCCGCCUCCUACCCGAAUACCGGCCCGCAUGCAGCCCGACCUUCUCCAUCGAGAUGCACUCCAACAACCACCGGAGAGUUCUGGAGAUGCGCCGCAAGAAGGAGUCGGAAACCGAAGCCGCCGGCCCGCUCCAGCCGGCUCCCAAUUUUUGAAGAUAGCAGCAGGUAGGAAAAACAAAAAAGAAAAUCAGUUUUAGUGGAACAACAGUUUCAUGAAUUACUAUUAAGGUAGGAUUUCAAGAACCCGGUUCGGGUCAACUAGUCCCGGUUUAAUUAGUGUAUAUUCUUUUCAUGGACCCAUGGUUUGGUGAGGUAGGUUACAGGGCAGUGUAACUGAUUAGGAGAGACUUUUAUGUUUUAAUGUAAUUCCUAUUAAGGCCUUAAUUGCGUUA